AAGGUACUGCUCUCUCUCUGCAAUGGUUAGCCGCAGCUACCAAAAUCAUUCUUUUUUUAAACCGUGCCUAUUAAUGGUAGCACUAAUGAAUUGCAGCAGCUACAGUGUUGAACUUCAAUCUGAAUUCAAGUCCUCGUUUCCCAAAGAAGCUCAUUAACUGAUCUAAAACAAUAGUUUCACCAAGCCAACAAUGGUCAGAUACUCUAGUAUCCUAUCAUUCAGACAUAGAAAAAAACUGUAUUUGAACAAUGUGGCAACAACAGGGGUAGAUCCAGUCCUGUGAGGUAUGUCACUAUUCUCUCAUUUAUUAUACAGAUGCAGAGUUUAAGCUAUAUUGGUGAUUAUAUCUUACCGUGCAAUCCUGUGCACAUUCAUUCAGAAGCAAGUCUUGCUUGAGAAUGUUGUGGUUCUUGAAGGACGAUUACACAAUGACAACGUCGCUCCAUGCUUACUGUACUUGCACUGUGACCCCCACGGUUCAGAAGAAAUUACUGGUCUUGGCAUUGUCAGUGAGGCCCGGAACAUGGAAGUCUACGUUGGUGACGAGUACUGUGGAACUGGCAGAGGAGCGAAAGUCUUUACUGGCCAACAUGACAGUUCACUCCUGUCUGUCCCCCUCCACCGUCCAGCUGCUGUCCAUCCCUGAAAAACAAAGGGUCCUCAUCAGUAAAAUCAUAGUGCAAGUCAAGCCGGUCUGUAUGAACCCUGUGCCAGACAUUGCUGCGCUAGGAUCAGGAAUAGACUUGGGCAAAGUACAAACAAUCGUGGAAUCUAUGGGAUCCAAAUUAUCACCUGGGGCUCAGCAACUCCUGGAUAUGGUUGUAUUUCAACAGAAGAAUGGUCUUCCAUUUGGAGGCAAGUUACAAAAUGUCUUUGGGAAAAACGGAUUUGGGUUUGAAAACAAUCAUACCAUUGAUGGAUUGAAAAAGGUAGUUGAUAUUGGAAGAUUAGACCACUUGCCCAAUGGGCCAUCUCUUCCAAGAGCUCAUGCAGCAGCUGCAAUGGCUAUAGAAGAAUUAAAGAGGCACGCCGAUAUGAACAAACAGAUUCCUAAUGCAGAAAAUGUAUGUGAGACUCCAGGACUUCAGGCUCCACAGCCCAGCUCUGUACUUUCUCAGAAUGACUUCAAAGGUUUGGUCUCAACCUUUUUGCAAGAGCAAGGAAGUGAAAACCCAAACGCGCACAACUCCAUGCUGCUGCUCCCACUCCUUCAAACGGUAUGCGGUCAAGUAAAUCGGUUACGAAUAGAUGAAAGGAAUAAGCACUGUGAGAACAGAUCCGCAUCUGAGGAGGAUGGGAUUCAGACUUUUGGCUUGGAACAGCAGUCUGUUUUUCUGCACAUGGAAAAGGUCAUCGCCAGAAACAUGGAACUGAUGGAGAAGAGAUUGAUGGACCAUAUUGAUCUGCGUAUGCAGAAACUUCAGGAACAUCUAGAUCAUAAAGUUGCUGCGCUGUUUGAUUUGGUUCAGAAUUCCAAUAAUGUUUCAAAAGAACAUGAUUCUGAAGAAUGCUCAGAUGGGAAGAGGUAAGCAGUCUUUGGGACAUGGGAGGCUUCAAUGUAAGUGUUUUCCAAGGGCAACUAUUUAUUUUGCAAGCUUUUCAAAACUAUGUGUAUAAGCUUGUAAAUACUUGAGACCUCAGUAUUUGUACUUGUUACUGUAAUUUCCCCAAGUAUUGUACACUAAUGUUAGUGUUUGUAUAUCUGUAACUUGCAAAAAACAACAACCCAAUAUUUUUUUCGGUUCAGAGAUCUUUUCUAUAUUUACUUAGGACUUAUUUAUUCAUAAACAUUUCAAAAAAGUAACUGUUUUUGGGUGUUUGCUCCUCUUUCAUUGAACUAAAGAAUAGUUCUCCAAAUAAAGUAGUUUGCAGGUUUAA